CCAGUGAUGAAAGAGCCAUCUAGAACAAAAAUCGGAAGGUUCGGUUCCUGCAGUCCAGAUGAGAUAUGGGUAAUAAGGACAGAAUCUAUUUGCUAAGACAACUCAAGAAGUCAAUGGCUUGAGCUCGAGGUCGUCGAGAUUUAGAGCGGAGUCGGCUAGUGAUGAAGAUAAUGGGACUUGUUUAGACUUGGACCAUACUGUGUGAUGACCCUUUACGUUUAGGUUUCAACCGGUCUGACUCAGAGUCAUGUCUGAUACACUAGACCACUAGACAGGUUUCGAAUAAUCAUGCCAGGUCUGUCAUUAUAUUUUCUGCGUCUGUGCCAGUCUGCACUUCCCUUCUUCUUACUAAAGUCAGAGUUUGGGCACGAAUCGAUGGCCAUCAGCUUUAGGACUGCCCGAAGGUUCUCGAUGGGAUUGAUUGGGAUGCUCUCUCUCGUAUGCCUUGCACUCUCCCUCUUUCUCUGGGGGGCCGGAUACUCCAAGUCGAAGAACAUCGGUGCUGUGAUCGUCAUCCCGACAGGCGCAUUCAUCGGCUCGAUAUGGACAAUAUUUACCAAGGUGGUACAUAAACCGCAGCUCGUUUCAGUAGAGGCCACAUGGACGUUUGCCUUGUUACCUUUCGAAAUAUUACUAGGUCUUUUCUCCGUCAAUCUCAACAUCGCAAAUGUGCCUACUGCGCAUACCGCCUACCUGUGUCUCGCAACACUUAUAUGGCUCAACGCAGCUCUUGUUUUCAUAUACGUGACAACCAUCAUUCUCCUUGCCCUUCUUACUCAGGUUUUGCAUGAUCAGGAUAUUUGGUCUCGUGACAUUGAUUCGAGUCCGUCUCCGUUCCCACUGCAUAUCAUCGUCGCAUACGCCUUUUCGUCUCUAACUCGACCCUUCUCCUUGGUUACCCGUCAAAACAGACCGACAUCCUCUGUAUCAAAGGAACACUGUCUUCCUGGCUGUACUUGCUCCCGUAAACUUCCGAACUCCUCAUCUCUUGCAGACUGGCGGACUCUCGGACCAAGCUUGGAGAAUACUACCAGCGAUGUAUCAAGUAGUCCGCACUCCCUCAUCAACAUUCGUGUCCCGACAGCGAUGGAAAGACCAAAACCAAUUGCCGUCACACUUCGGUCAAGAUAAAACUUGUCAGACUCCUACUACAUUGUUACUAGAUGCAUAAAUACAUUUGCAGAAUAUACUCAAAUUCACUGUGAUCUCAAUUAAGAAACCGCGAUAU